AUCCGUUAAUCCCUGUCAACCGCUGACUCGGCAUUUCCAUUUCUUCCCGCUUUUCCUCUUUCGCCUCUUCACCUCCACUUCGACUUCGCCUUCAACUUUCACCUUCGUCUUCAACCUUCCCAACCUCCACUCUCCUCGCGGAUUUCUCCCAAGCAUGACAUUCUAGUCCAACGAGCACACGUCUAAUCCGCAAAUUCCUUCUCCUCCCUCGUCCCCCUCACAACAUGGCCCGCUCCGCCAUUGUACAAGAAUACGCCCCUCCGCCCGCCUCCUCCACGCUCAGUCUCGACCGCAAAGUCGCCUCCGAACGCCAACACAAUGGCAUCGCGCGGCCCAAGGGCUACCGCGUGUCCUGGCACGCCAAUCCGGCCGUGGAGCUGCACCACUUCGGGCAGUCGCAUCCCAUGAAACCGUGGCGGCUCACGCUCACCAAGCAGCUGGUGAUGGCGUACGGCAUGCACCACGCCAUGGACCUCUACCUCGCGCGGUCGGCCACCUACGAAGAGCUCGCGGACUUCCACAAGACCGACUACCUCGACUUCCUGCGCCAGGUGAUGCCCGGCGACAUGGAGAAGGCGGAGCAGAGCGAGAACGUGGCGCGGUUCAACUUCGGCGACGACUGCCCCAUUUUCGACGGCCUCUACGACUACUGCUCGCUCUACGCCGGCGGCACCAUCGACGCCGCCCGCAAGCUCUGCAACAACCAGUCCGAGAUCGCAGUCAACUGGUCGGGCGGCCUGCACCACGCCAAAAAGGCCGAGGCCAGCGGCUUCUGCUACGUUAACGACAUCGUCCUCGGCAUCCUGCAGCUCCUCCGCCUCCACCCGCGCGUCAUGUACAUCGACAUCGACGUGCACCACGGCGACGGCGUCGAGCAGGCGUUCUGGUCCACCGACCGCGUCCUCACCGUCUCCUUCCACAAGUACGACAAGGACAACUUCUUCCCGGGCACCGGCGCCCUCGACGCCACGGGCCCCACCCACCCCUUGAACCCCGGCGCCCACCACGCCGUCAACGUGCCCCUCCACGACGGCAUCGACGACGACUCCUACAUCCAGCUCUUCCGCGACGUCGUCGGCGCCUGCGUCGACGUCUACCGCCCCGGCGCCAUCGUCCUGCAGUGCGGCGCCGACUCCCUCGGCUGUGACCGCCUCGGCUGCUUCAACCUCAACGUCGCCGCCCACGGCGCCUGCGUCGCCUUCGUCAAGACCUUCAACCUGCCGCUCCUCGUCGUCGGCGGCGGCGGCUACACGCCCCGCAACGUCUCCCGCGCCUGGGCCCACGAAACCUCCAUCCUCAUCGACGCCCAGGACCACAUCGACCCGCACAUCCCGGACGACGUCUUCUUCCGCAACCACUUCGGCCCCGACUACUCGCUCUUCCCGCCGCUCAGCGAGAUGCGCAAGCUCGAGAAUAAGAACCCCCGCCCCUACCUCAACCACCUCCUCGAGUCGAUCCGCGAGCAGCUGCGCUACAUCGAGGGCGCCCCCAGCGUGCAGAUGAGCUUCAUCCCGCCCGAUAUCCUGGGUCUGCGCGAGGACACGGAGCGCGAGAUCGAGGAGGAGAUCGCCCUGAUGGAUGAGGAGCGCGAGGAGCGCGAGGGCAGGUUUAGUCGCCGGAGGGAGUUGGAGAGGGGGAUGGCGGCCAAGGGGGAGCUGUAUACCUCUUCCUAGCCUCCCUCCUUCCUCUCUCUUUCUCUCUCUGAAUCUCUCUUACUAUCUCUCUGCGUGUCUGGUUUUAUCAUGAGAUGAUUUGGUAUUAGGCCUGGUGUUGUUUUGAUUUGUUUUCUCUUUACAUCGUUCAUAAAAGGUGUUGGUUGGUUGGGUACUUAGUUUUGGUUGGCGUUGAUAGGAGUCCCUUGGAUAGGAGGGAUGGGGUGACAUGGGUCUGAUUUCUCGCAUCGUUGUGAAUACCUCUUUCUGUCGACUUCGUGGUCUGUGAUAUCCCGAAUUUUGUUUGUACAUUUGAUCGAUCUAUCCGUAUUAUACAAUACUAUACUGUAGAA